UGAGCCCUUCAUUCCUUUUACGUUACGUAUACAUCCUUACGAUCCUCCUCAUUGUUUAUUUAUUUUACUUGUAGAUGUUUCAUAGUUCGUAAUAUCUCUUAGGUACAGUCUUCCAUUAAUAACAGUCGAUAUAACUUCGCAUACGUGUAUUUCGUUUCUUUGCAUAUUCUAAUACAUAGUAAUUCGUAUAAUUUCUCAUAUAGAUAAAUCGAUAUAAUAAUUAAUAAUCAACAUUAUUAUCUAAAUUCGGUGUUUCUUAUAUUUAACAGUAUUAUUAGUUUAAAUUUUGAUUUAUUAUUUCUAUAACAUGUAUUCAUACGUAUUCUUACGAUGUAACUGUAAAAAUGACAUCUUUCGAGAAAAUAUAUAUCAAAGAGAAAACUUGACAUUGAAGCCACUUAAGGUUAUGUUCUUCGAAUUAACUAUUGGAUGUAUUUUCGGCCCAAGGAGAUCAUGACAGGAACAUACCGGAGAUCGGUGAGUACAGAAAGCGCGUACGAAGAUGAGGAGCAUAUCGCCAGGGGCGGAAGGACCCCUGGUGAAAACGAUUUCGACGAGGAAGGUGUCGAUGGAACAGUCACUGGUACGACGUUCGAUCUAAGAAUGGCGACGAACACGUCAAGGGGUCAAAUAUCCGGCGCGGGAGGAGGCUUCCUUAGGGGUGCCGGCCAACAACACGUCAACUUCGAUCCAGAAGCACCCCCGUUGCCACCCCUAGAUACCACCCAACAGACUACGAACCUCCUCGAGAGACCCGAUGCCGAUAAAAAAGUUAAGAGGCACAGUAUCCAUGGAAUGAUGGAAGAGGAAAACGUGGUAAGACCUCACCAGGAAAUGACGAGUCUUUCUAUGCAAGAGAAAAAAUAUUUGCUUGCAGUAGAGAGAGGUGAUGUGGCAUCGGUAAGAAGAAUGCUUCAAAGUGCACAAGAGACCGACUUGAACAUCAAUUGCGUGGAUCCUUUAGGAAGAUCAGCCCUCUUGAUGGCAAUCGACAAUGAGAAUCUCGAAAUGGUGGAAUGGUUGAUCGAGCACAAAGUCGACACGAAGGAUGCUUUACUUCAUGCGAUUUCGGAGGAAUUUGUCGAAGCUGUCGAAGUUCUACUCGAUCACGAAGAAGUUUAUCAUAAGGAUGGUGAUCCACACAGCUGGGAAGCUCUACCGCCGGAUACCGCAACAUUCACGCCGGAUAUCACGCCGUUGAUCCUCUCGGCUCAUAGGGACAACUACGAGAUCAUCAAAAUCCUUUUGGAUCGUGGCUCGACUCUACCAAUGCCGCACGAUGUUCGUUGUGGAUGUGACGAAUGUGUGACGUCCAGGAUGGAGGAUUCCUUAAGGCAUUCGAGAAGCCGAAUAAACGCUUACCGUGCCCUGGCAUCGCCAUCACUUAUAGCACUUUCCUCGAAGGAUCCAAUUCUGACGGCCUUUGAACUCUCUUGGGAACUCCGUCGACUUUCCUUUCUCGAGCACGAGUUCAAGUGCGAGUAUCAGGUGAGAUAA